CAAGCCAACUGACAGACGGCCAACUGCUUUUUGGCAUUGACAGCUAAUGUUUACGUUUGUGGAAGCCUUGAGGUGAGGCAAGUGAAUAGAAGAAAAGAAAUAAGCUUACCGUUGCCUGUACCUGCGAAUUUCUAUUUAGUUUUGGUUAAUAAGAUGUUAAUAAUGAAUGAAUUCGACAUAUAUGAUGACUAUGCGAUUGCAGAGGUCGUCCCUGAUCACAUUUUAGAAAAUAUUUUUUCUUUUCUCCGUUUAAAAGACCUCCGCAAUUGUGCUCUGGUAUGUAAGAGUUGGUAUAGAAUUCUUAGUGAUGAAAACAAUGAUGUUUGGCGGCUGCAUUGUAUCAAAAGAUUAGCUGAAGAAGUGAUGAAAUCUGAUUUACUGUCCACUGUUAAUACAUACAAGUCAAAACUAAGAGCAUUUUUCCAUGCAUGGAAUCCUCAUGACUGUUCAAGAAACAUAUAUGUUAAAGCAAAUGGGUUUACAUUACACAGAAAUCCAGUUGCUCAAAGUACUGAUGCAUGUAGAGGAAAGGUUGGAUUUCACCAUGGCAGACAUGCCUGGGAAGUAAUAUGGGAAGGACCUUUGGGUACAGUAGCAGUAGUAGGAGUAUCAACUAAGGAGGCUCCUUUAGAAUGCCAUGGAUAUGUUGGACUCUUGGGUUCAGAUGAGCAGAGCUGGGGUUGGAAUUUAGUUGACAAUCAUUUGUUGCACAAUGGUGAUACACAAGGACAUUAUCCUCUUUUAAAUAACUGUCCAAAGUACCAGGUUGGGGAACGCAUAAGAGUUAUAUUAGAUUGUGAAGAUAAGACCUUAUCAUUUGAAAGAAAUUAUGAAUUCUUAGGAGUUGCAUUCAGAGGCCUUCCAAAUAAAAAACUGUACCCGACAGUUUCAGCAGUGUAUGGUAACACUGAAGUGUCUAUGAUAUACUUGGGUCCACCCGUGGAUGGCUGAUAGUGAAUAUACACGUCUAGAAAAUCGACAGUUUCUAGUCAAAAUGCAAUAAUGUGAUAUAAUUUACUAUUUUGGGGCUAUUAUUAUUUGAUCACAGUUAUUUUACGUAAUAAGCUUGAAGAGUGGUUAGUAAAAAUUUGAUUAAUAUAUAUAGCAUGAUGAAAGUCAUUUUGUUUAAUAGUUAUCCAAUCUAAUACAUUUAUAUUGCAUAAUAUGAACUGUCCAUUGUGAUAUAGCAAUCGCUUUUAUGUAUUAUGAUAUCAAGUAAUAUUGUUUGAAGCAAGUCUGAUCAACUUAAACUACUGCUCUGUUGAUAAUGCCUAUUAAUGUGUAAUACAUUAUUAUUAUUUUUAAACCAAAAUGCCUAACAUUUUUUGUUGCAUCUAUGUAUAUUUGCUGUUUACAAUGUAUGAUAGUUAUUGAAAAUAUGUGACAAUGGUAUAUUAGUUCAUUUAAAUUUAAUAUAAAAAACUGUUCAAGAGCGAGUCUGAGUAUAUGGUUACAAUGCUGGUGGUAUAAGAACUGAAAUAGCACCCUUAUUUAGCUGAAACAAAUAAACAUUUGUAACUCGUUUAAAACAUCACUUCUUUGGAAAUAUUUAAAAAAUAUAUAUUUAAUUUUUGAUCUACCUCCUGAGACCCUUUGAGUUGGAAAGUUUUCUGAGACAUUGCGAUGUGACAGCUGGUUGCGGCUACCGAGCUGCUUAGGAUUUCCAAACGUUUAUCAACACAUGAUUAUUUUUUACCAAUGUCCUGAGAGACAACAAAAUACAAAUUACAAAAAAGAAAAACCUAGGGACUUACUUAAUAUGUUUUGUCUUUAUAUUCAUACUGUGUCCAUACCACAAAUAUAUAGUAAUCAUUC